AAACCCUCCCCCCUUCUGUCCCUCAUUCUCCUCUCAGGUACCCUUCUGAGAUUCUCUCUCCCAAUCUCAUUUCGUACCUGAAACAAAACCCAGAACCAAAAAACACAAUGGCUCUCACGAGCAGCAGCUCAAUCAUUGCCCCCAAAUCUUCCUUCAUUCAAACCCAGUCGACUCUCUUACCCUCCAAACCUCACCAACCUUCUCUCCCCGUCAGGCCCGUCAGGCCCAUCGUCGCCGUCCACGCAGCCGAGCCCGCCAAGAAUCCAGCUGUGUCCACCAAGCAGCAGACGGUGCCAGCUUCGCCGUCAACUGCGGCGUCUAAUGGUUCGAAGAGCCGGAAUGCGGUGCCGGCGAAAUGGAGUUUGGACACGUGGAAGUCCAAGAAGGCGCUGCAAUUGCCGGAGUACCCGAAUAAGGAGGAUCUGGAGUCGGUGCUCCGGACGCUGGACUCUUUCCCGCCGAUCGUCUUCGCCGGCGAGGCUCGGAGUUUAGAGGAGCGUCUCGCCGAGGCUUCCAUGGGAAACGCGUUUCUUCUUCAAGGUGGGGAUUGUGCGGAGAGCUUCAAGGAGUUCAAUGCCAAUAAUAUUCGUGACACCUUCAGAAUUCUGCUCCAGAUGGGCGUCGUUUUGAUGUUCGGAGGCCAAAUGCCAGUAAUUAAGGUGGGAAGGAUGGCGGGUCAGUUUGCGAAGCCGAGAUCCGACCCGUUUGAGGAGAAGGAUGGUGUCAAGCUGCCGAGUUACAGAGGGGACAAUGUGAACGGAGACACGUUUGAUUCAAAGUCAAGGACUCCGGACCCUGAGAGAUUGAUCAGAGCCUACUGUCAGUCUGCGGCGACUCUCAACCUUCUCAGGGCUUUCGCAACCGGUGGUUAUGCGGCUAUGCAGAGAGUUACCCAGUGGAACUUGGAUUUCACAGAGCACAGCGAACAGGGUGAUAGGUACCGAGAACUAGCUCACCGGGUUGAUGAGGCCCUUGGAUUCAUGACUGCAGCUGGGCUCACAGUUGACCAUCCUAUCAUGACAACCACAGAGUUCUGGACAUCCCAUGAGUGCUUGCUUUUGCCUUAUGAACAGUCGCUCACUAGGUUGGACUCAACUUCUGGGCUCUACUAUGAUUGCUCUGCCCAUAUGCUUUGGGUCGGUGAGCGAACCAGGCAACUGGAUGGUGCCCAUAUUGAGUUCCUAAGAGGUGUUGCUAAUCCCCUGGGAAUCAAGGUGAGUGAUAAGAUGGAUCCCAAUGAGCUUGUGAAGCUCAUUGAGAUUUUGAAUCCUCAAAAUAAAGCCGGGAGGAUAACAGUGAUCACAAGAAUGGGAGCUGAGAACAUGAGAGUGAAACUUCCUCAUCUUAUUAGGGCAGUCCGUAGGGCAGGACAAAUUGUCACAUGGGUCAGCGACCCUAUGCAUGGAAACACCAUCAAGGCUCCAUGUGGUCUCAAGACACGCCCUUUUGAUGCCAUAAGGGCUGAGGUCAGAGCAUUCUUUGACGUGCACGACCAAGAAGGAAGCCACCCAGGAGGUGUUCAUCUGGAGAUGACGGGCCAGAAUGUGACUGAAUGCAUUGGAGGAUCACGGACUGUGACAUUCGACGACCUUAGCUCGCGCUACCAUACUCACUGUGACCCGAGGCUAAAUGCCUCCCAAUCUCUUGAGCUUGCCUUCAUUAUUGCUGAGCGCCUGAGGAGACGAAGGAUCAAGUCACAACUCUCUGUUGCCUCUUUAGGUCUGUAGAACGGUUCAAGGGUCAAGCAGUGUGUUUGUUUUUUUUUUUUUUUUGUAAGGUAUUAGUGACUGUUAAUAUGUCACUGUUGUUUCUAGAGUUAAUUUACCUUGUGUGUGUUGUAUUGUGUAUACUGGAAGUGAUAUGGUUUGAGACUUUGAAGGGAAAAGAGAAAUAAAAUAAACAGACUGAAUUAAAGAAGUAA